AUGGAGAACCUGUACGAAACUCUGGCGGACGACCUCGAUGCCUUCGUGGAGAAGAGCCUCCAACCUGACGGGGAAUGGAAAUGGGAAGUGCAGGAUGCCUGGAACCGAUGUGCCAAGUUCUUGAAGGAUCACUGCUUCCAGAAUGAGCUGGUCGCAAACCAAGAGGUGCAGGUGCUGAAAGUGGUGAAGGCUGGCUCCUCCGGAAAGGGGACGACGCUGAACCACACCUCUGACGUAGACAUGGUCCUAUUUUUGAGCUGUUUCCGAAGCUUCCAGGAGCAGGCUGACCUUCGUGAAGACAUCAUCGACUUCAUCACGGAGAAAGUAGAUCACUGUAGCCAGAGCCUGGCCUACAACCUCACUGUCGUUCAGCACAGGUGGGGGAGCAGGGCCCCCCGCUCCCUGGCCAUCCAGGUCCAGGCCAAGAAGAACAGUGAUGUCAUCAAAGUGGACGUGCUCCCAGCUUUUGAUGUUCUGGAAAACGCACCCCCAGACUCUAGGCCGCCACAGGAAGUCUACCAGAAGUUAAUAACCUGCGACCACCUGCCUGGGGAAUUCUCCCCCAGCUUCGUGGUCUUGCAGAGACACUUCGUGAAAAGUCGCCCAGUCAAACUCAAGAAUCUCCUUCGGCUGGUGAAACACUGGUGGUACCAGCAGCAUCUGAGAUACAAAUAUCAAAAGGUAGCAUUACCCCCCAAAUAUGCUCUGGAGCUGCUAACCAUCUAUGCCUGGGAAAUGGGGACAGAUGAAAGUGAGAGUUUCGACCUGGCCAACGGAUUUAGAACAGUGAUGAAGCUUCUCAAAGAAUACAGUAACAUCUGCAUCUACUGGACCAAGUACUAUAACUUUGAAAAUGAAGUAGUCAACGUUUUUCUCAGACAACAGCUGAAGGCGAAAAGGCCUGUGAUUCUGGAUCCGACAGAUCCCACCAACAACGUGGGAAGUGGAAAGAGAUGGGAUGUGAUGGCCAAGGAGGCAGAUUACUGCCUGCGACAGGCUUGCUGCAGGUCCGUCCAGGGGUGGAACGUGCAGGCUGCCAGAGAUGUUUCUGUGAAGGUGAAGGUGUCCGGCGAAGCAGCCCAGACCUUCUUGGUGGACCCCUACAGACCCAUCUGGAAGAUGAAGAGGGAGAUCAGAGAGCGGUGGGGCCUCGACGGGCAACUCCGACUGUCCUUCCAGGAACCCGGAGGGGAGCGAAAGUCGCUCAGUAACUCCCGGACUCUGGCGUAUCAUGGCCUCUUUGCCAAGGUGAGCAUCUCGGUUCUGGAGGCCCAGCCCGGCCAGAUCCAGGUGUUCGUGAAGCACCCCGGCGGCCUGACCAAGCCUUACGCUGUGUCCCCCGAGGACUCCAUCUAUGACCUGAAAGAGAAGAUCAGCCUUGCAGGGGGACCCCCGGAGAAGGAGCAGAUCCUCAAGUUCCCGGGUCACAAAGUGUGGAACAGCAGCGUCCUGGCUGACCUGGAUGUCCGGGAUGGAGACACGCUCACGUUGCUCAGGAAAUCGGACUAGUCCCUGCGACUGCCUGUGACCCGCCAUCCCCAGGCCUGCCCCUUUCAUUCAAACCAUUGUUCUCUUUCGGAAGCAUAAAUAGCAAAGCACUCCUCCUCGCUUGUCAUCCACCCGCAGAGGGCCAGAGAGAGAGUACAGUGGAUAAGGUGCUUGCCUUGCACGUUGCUGAUCCUGGCUGGAUGCUGGGCAAAACCACCAGGGGUCAUUAAUGUGCGCAGAGCCAGGCCUGCCCUAGAGCGCACACACCCGCAAAACACAAAAAGUAGGGGGCUGGAGCGAUAGCGCAGCUGUAGGGCAUUUGCCUUGCAGGUGGCUGACCCAGGAUGGACCUGGGUUCAAUCCCCGGCAUCCCAUAAGGUCCUCCAAAGCCAGGACCGAUUUCUGAUCGCAGAGCCAGAGG